AUGUCGGCCCAGGCCCAGAACGGCCAGAGCCAGGACCAAGACCAACAUCGACGACAACAACAACAACAACAACAUAGCCAUGCCCGGACCUCGUACUCUCGUAGCAACCGCCACCUGCAGAUUCAGGAGCCAGAACGGAGGCCGCUGCUGAGGAGACACGUGAGCCAUGAGCCAGACAGCGAGCCAGUCUUCUCUUGCGUGCCCAACCCACACUCUCACCUGCCCGUCUACACCAACAUCCACCGCAUCAGGAGAGACGUAAUCUCCAUUGUCGAGGACUACAUGAGCCUGGAGCAGCUGAGGGAUGUGAGGAUCAACAUCUCUGUCAUACGGCCCUUGGUCGAUAAGCUGUAUGACCUUGAUGACAUCUCCAUUGUCUACUGCCUCCUUGUGAACCGCACACAGUUUCUGCACGAGCAGUCCCAUCUGCAUAACAGGCAAAAUGUAAACUACACCCGUGCUAUCCUGUGCGAGCUUGUCGCCACUCGCAUCCUCCGGCGCUUCAACGAGGACAAUGAGGGCACCGAGGGGCUGCUCGUCCUCGCUCAUAUUCUUGUCGCCGGCUUCUCGCCUUUUCAGAACGCCCCCGAGGACAUCCGCCGUGAGGCCUCCACGUCUGCCUCCUUCGGCUACCACACCACCCUGCCCGCCCUCGAGGUUGCCAUCCUGAGCGAGAGCAAGCUGUUCCUCAGCUCGACCUCGUGCCAAAAGGUCAUUGACGCCAUCUACGAGGGCCGCGUGAUAUACACGCCAAGCAGCUUCGUGGAUAUCAUCCCGGAUCGGUACAAGCAGAAGCCGAUAAGUCUGUACGACCCCAGGGCGUCAUCGCUGCUGAACCAGUACCGCUUGAUCGUCCCCAGGACGAGGAACAUACUCGAGAUCAUGCAGUUCAUCAUAUUGUUGGUCCUCUACGUCCUGUUUAUGGCCGAGAGGGACCCCACCACUUUCUCUAUAUUCGAAGUCAUGUUCUCAGUCUACUCAUUUGGAUGGGUUCUUGACAAUUUCGCCACGAUACUGGAGCAUGGGUGGCAGGUCUACACCCAAAACCUGUGGAGCUUCCUGGACGUCACCUUUGCCGUCAUCUUCUGGAUCUACCUUGUGCUGCGCAUCCAGGGCUGGCGGACCGACAGCGACGACACAGACCAGCAGGCACUCGACGUCCUCGCAAUGGGUGCUCCGGUGCUUAUCCCCCGUCUCGCCUUCAAUCUUCUCUCAAACAACCUGCUCUUCGUCUCCCUCAGGGCCAUGAUGGCCGACUUCACCACGCUGACAGCCCUUGCCGCUUGGUGUUUCGCCGGAUUCCUCAUGUCACUGAUCUGGCUCGGCGACGGAGACCACUCGACCAUCACCGUCAGCAAGUGGCUGCUUUGGAUCUGGUUUGGCCUGGACGGAACCGGCAUCCAAAAGGCACCCGAGUUCCACCAGAUACUGGGCCCGUGCCUCAUGGUCACCUUUGCCUUUCUAGGAAACACCCUCUUUCUCACAAUCCUCGUGUCCAUGCUCUCAAAUACCUUUAGCACCAUCGUGUCUAACGCGACCGCCGAGGUCCAGUACCGCCAUGCUGUCCAGACUCUGGAGGGCGUCAAGAGCGACGCCAUCUUCGCUUAUCAACCACCCUUCAACAUUCUCGCUCUCUUCAUCCUGGUUCCGCUGAAGUUUGUCGUGAGCCCCCGAUGGUUCCACAAGAUCCAUGUUGCCGCCGUUCGACUCCUGAACCUCCCCCUGCUCCUCAUCAUCGCGGCCGUUGAGCGGCGUGUCCUGUGGCCUGUGUCGGCACCAAACAAGCGACCUGGUGUAGAGAAUUUGCCCGACAGGAGGUACCACUGGUUCUGGGAGAAGUGGCGCAUCACGACGCACGGUGAUAUCCACGCCGUGUUCGGCGUCUCGCCUCCGGAUGAGGUCGAGGAUGCCAUCUCUGUCGACGACGACCUGACGCGCCACAUGAUCCGCCGGCAGUUCCAGAGAAACAACACUGCGGACUCGACCAACCUGCAAAACAUGAUCAAGCAGUACAAGACCAAACACGCACACGAGAGGGACGGCAACGCCGGCACAAAAGACGCCGGCGACCAGCUCGGGGUGACUCCCACCGCCUCCGACGGUCGGCAGACGCCCAAGUCGCCUGCGACGGGCAAGGUGCUCAGCAGAAGGGACAGCAUGGCGCCAUUCCCGGGGCUACGGCAGGAGUUGCAGGGCAUCUUCAACGACAGCGAGGAGAUGAGCGACCUGACGACGCGGCUGGAGGCGUUGGAAGAUAGCAACGCGCGGAUAGAGGCGAUGCUUGUCAGGCUCGUGGGGGACGUUGAAGAUACGACCAGCAUCAUGGAGGAGGAGCAGGCUGGCAAGCUAGGCACACUGGAUGAUCUGGACCGCACUGCGGAUGAGCAAUAG